UACACAGAAGAUGAACCAACCUUCCCUUAUGUAACUCACUGGUUUUCACACGCUUCAUCUCUCCUUACAUUAAUUGUUACCAAACACUCUCACCCUACUAUAUUCUAUAUAAAUCCCAACCAUGCUUUCACCACAACACAUGCACACACUCAUUUUUUCUUCUGAGACAAAAAUGGCUUUCACUCAUAAUCUUUUCUUUCUUUCUUCUUUGGUGGCUAUUACUGCAUUGGUUUCACUCUCAUCAGCAUCUUUGGUUCAGUCCAGAUCACUCUCUGACCCCUCUUCAAGCCUUGCAGUUAGGUUGAAGCUGGAGGGUGAACCCUCCAAUUGUUGGGAUUCACUUUGGCAACUACAAGCAUGCAGUGGAGAAAUUGUUACAUUUUUUCUGAAUGGUGAGACUUACCUUGGACACAGUUGCUGCCAUGCAAUUAGGGUGAUUGGACAUGAUUGUUGGCCCAACAUUGUGGACUCUCUAGGAUUCACCAAUGAAGAGACUGAUGUGUUGGAGGGGUAUUGUGAUGAGGCUGUUCUUCAUUCACCUCCACCACCACCACCACCACAACAACAAUCUAUAUUUGAUCCAAAAGACAUUGUUCCAUAAAGGAACUAAUUUUGGUUUUCAAUGAAUAACUAAUAAGAGUUUUGUUUUGUUUUGUUUCUUUUUCAAUUUCACACUCGGUGGAAAACACAAUUUUUCUGGUAUAUGUAAUGAACUAUGAAUCAAUGAUAUGAAAUGCAUACAUGAUUGUGUUUU